AAAGAACGUUUCGUUUCAUUCGCUUGAUUACCCAUUAAUCGAAUGCGAAAUAAUUCCCACCAGAUGGCCAUACUUUCACGGCAAUCGGUGAGAAACAAUUCCACCGAUCGAUACGAAAUUUAAACGCGCUUUCUUACGUUUCCUGCGCGAAACGUAAUACACACGCGAUAAAACGAUAAUCCUUAAAAGUAGCAUCUUUUCAAUAAUCCCCAUUGCUUUCCUUUGAUCCAAUUCACAAUCGUUUCGAAAGAUCGAAAAGUUUUGCCAAACUUUCUUCGACAAGUAAUAAGAAGCCUACCCUUCCAACAAAUCCGUUCCGACUCGGUGACGUCGUAAUCCGGAAUAUUUCUACCCUUUCGUGGGCGCGUUUUACUAUCGAUCGAUCCGAACGCACGCGGCACUCGUUGCCACGAGUCGCGAAAUCGUCUCGGGCAGAGCGAAAGAGAGAGAGAGAGAGAGAGAGGGUGCAAAAACCCACCCCCCUCGCGAUGCCUCGCUAUAAGUACGGACACGAACCGAGCGCGGACUUAUAGGUCCGGUUGCGGUCUUCCCCGUCCGUUCUUCUCCUCGAGACCAGCCAUCGGGGGGCCAUCGAACGGCGAUCUAUGAAUAGAUCCUCCACCAUUUUGAUUUCGCGUCAAACGGGGAGAUCGAUUUGACGGAGGACGACGCGGCACGUGGAACAGUUCGAGUGAGUAGUCAUUGGGGCGAAGAGGAUGACAAGGUCGCCGGCCGAUCGUGUUGGGCAACUUCGACCCCGUCGCAGGUGGAACGCUCGGGGUUGGGAUCGAUGCUGAUCCGUGCGAUGCCGUUUCGAGUCACCGUUUGGACACGCAUCAACCUUCUCCCGACAGGAUGAAGAACAGCAAGUCGUUGAUGGACAUCGAGGACAUCUGCGGAUGCUCGAAACUACCCUCGAUCAUCCCCAGGAAAGAAUUGCCGCACUUGAGGUCCACUUCCGCCGCCUUCAUGCACGUACGCGACAACCUGGAAGAACUGGGCAAGGUGGCCGACGACACGGAUCUGUUGUUUCUCAAAGGCCUCUUGGACAGCCCUGUAGUCACGUCUCUGGUUAAGGUCCAAGAGCGUCUGGAGGAUCCUCCACUCCACGUGGAACCGGUAUGCUCGUCCGUUUGUGACAUCGUCGACGAGGUGUGUCACGCGCUCCGCUCCUCGAGGGACGAGAACGCGCGGGAGCUCGUGCGAUUGCUGAGGAGCUCGCAUCUGAAAGCGCUUCUGGAGACCCACGACGCGGUCGUCGAGAGGAAGGAAGCGCCGCCAUCCAAGCCGGAACCAUCGUUGCUCGCGAUGCCCACCAACGAGAGGAUGGAAGCAGUCAGAGUCGUCGGCCUCAGAAGGCAGCCUGAUGAACCCCUGGGCCUGACAGUGCAAGUGAACGAAUCUGGCAACUUGAUCAUCGCCAGGAUCCUGGGCGGAAGCACGGCCGCCCGCCAAGGACUUCUUAGAACCGGUGAGGUGAUUCUCGAGGUAAAUGGGAAGGAAGUACACAACCCUGAGGAGCUUCAGGAAGCCAUCCACGAGGCAAAGGAGAAUUUGUCGCUGAAGCUGGCGCCUGGCAUCGCCACCGAUGGCAAUCGACCUGUAAAAUCCACGUGUUACAUGAGAGCGCUGUUCGACUACGAUCCAUCGGAAGAUACUCUAUUGCCAUGUAGGGAGAUUGGACUUCCGUUCCAAAAAGGUGACGUACUGCAAAUCGUGGAUCAGGCGGAUCCAAAUUGGUGGCAAGCUCGAAGGGUCGAAGGUGAAGGUUUAGGCCCGCCUGGGCUAAUUCCGUCAUUGGAACUGGAAGAGCGAAGGAAAGCGUUUGUUCCGCCGGAGGCCGACUUCGUACACAAAAUUAGCAUUUGUGGGACCAAGAUUUCCAAAAAGAAGAAAAGAAAGAUGUACCAAUCGAAGUCUAACGGUGAAUUUGAUAGUGCAGAACUUUUGUUAUACGAAGAAGUAGCCAGGAUGCCACCUUUCAGACGUAAAACCUUGGCUUUAGUCGGUGCUAGAGGUGUUGGUCGUAGGACACUGAAGAAUAGGCUGAUAAAUAGCGAUCCUGAGAAGUUUGGCACCAUUGUUCCGUAUACAUCACGACCACCCAGAGUACUCGAAGAGGACGGCAAAAGUUAUUGGUUUAUCGAUCGCGAAUCGAUGGAAACUGAUAUCAGGGAGCAUCGGUAUCUCGAGUACGGAGAACAUGGUGGCCAUUUGUAUGGUACAAAAUUGGAUUCUGUGCGAGAAUUGAUUAGAGCAGGAAAAAUGUGCGUUUUGGAUUGUAGUCCAGCAGCUUUGAAAAUACUUCAUAACAGCACAGAGUUCAUGCCUUAUGUGAUCUUCAUAGCAGCGCCAGGAAUGGAACAAUUGAAAUGGCUGUACGAUUUACAAAGAUCGACUGGAACGAGCAGUCGAAAUUUGACGUUUGACCGCCAGAGUUCCAUCAGGUACAGUUCGAGAAGAGCCAGAACACUGGAAUCCCUUGCUUCGUUGUACGAGGAAGACGAUUUGAAGGCUACGUUGGAAGAAUCUGCGGCAUUGCAGCGUGCUUACGAAAAAUAUAUUGAUCUGGUGAUCGUUAAUGAAGAUUUCGACAAUACAUUCAGACAAGUGAUCGCCGCGUUAGAUGCUUUAGCAACCGAGCAUCAAUGGGUUCCGGUGAAUUGGAUAUAUUAAAUAUCGUUUAGACUAUCUAAGAGAGCAAAUAGUUUCGGAAAAUUUGACUAAAACUCGAAAUUCCGAGUGAAUAAAUGAAUUAUUGUUGUAUUGUGAAAUGCGUGAUAAUGCGAUUACUUUAAUACCUUUUAUCAAGUUCGAAGUCGAGUGCAUCAUUAUUAUGAUUAUAUUUAUAGCAUUGUGCAAUGGGACAAUUUUAUGAUCGUACUAUGUGUAUACAGAAUUUUAAUGUGUUGUGUAUAUUGUCUAGAUCGAAUGUAUAGAUAUUUUUAAGCGGAUGACGCACUCGACUCGAAUAAAGAAAAAUAUGAUAUAUCCGAGGUUUCUCAAACGAGCAAAGAAUUCUUUUAUUGAAAUGAAAACAAAAAGCUUCAAAUACCGUGCUACUUACGAAUAGUGAAAUCGGACUAGGAGAUUCAAUGAGAGAUGACAUCGUUUCCAACAAGUACAAUCGUAGAGCAUUUACGUUAUUUCGUUUUUAAAUUUAACGAUCCUUUUAUCUUCUAAAUUUUGUAAAAGAUUUUUAUAUAUGAAUAAGAUAUUCUAGAGAAAUAGAUAUUGUUGAAAGUGACAAGAAAAUAAUAGAAAAAUUACAGGAAAUUGAUGUAUAAAUUUUGUUAACAUUAUUGUUAAUUUACUAUAGUAAUUAAAAAAAAUUUUCGCAUACAUUCCCCUCCAUCGUUCGCAAUAAUUAAAAAACGAAUCGCUAUUAAAAUAUAACAUUAGACCGCCGUCCAAUUAUUUUUAGGAUAUAUCUAGUUUUAAUUUCUCUUAAGUCGAAUCUGUAUAUGUACGUACGUUUAUUAUCAUUUAUUUACCAUUUCGUCAUAUACUUUCAUUUCUUUUAUAGAGAUAUCUAUAUAUAAAACAUAUUAUAUAUUAUAUAUUUCAUGAAUCCUGUUUGUACCGCUCGUGCACCUUAAACGUAUUCCUGGCAUAGAGUGCCUUAAUAGCGCAAUCCUUUAAUUGGCUUGCGGCGAAGACCUACUAUGUCGAGAUAUUCUCUUAUACUCGAGAGUUUUACAUAAGACAUUUAAUAAUACGUUUUUUCUAAUACUCUAACCCAUAUGCACACGAAAACACAGCCAUUGCAAAUUGCUGUAUAUUAUUUAGUUGUAAUAAUUUCGAUCAUGUCACGUGAUACAUGGAAAAAUAAAAUUUAUCGAGCGUUUG